GACCGUCGCCGCCAGCUCCUAGCUCCGCCAUGGUGCUCCGAUGACGCGCCCAGAGAGCCGCUCCGCCCUUUCCUCGGCUUGGCUCCCACGGGCCCCCGCCUCCUGGGCCCGAGGCCCAGACAGGGCCUGGGAAGAGGGGCAGUCCGCGAGGAGCAGCCCAGGUGGGGCGAGGGCACCGGGACGCUAUCCCCUUCUGAGCUCUGAAGCAGCCAGGUCAGUGUCGGCUCCGCGAGUGCUGGAGUUCACGGUGACAGCCAGCGGAGCAUAUGAUGCCACGUGGAGAGACGAAGUACACGGGUCGGAUUCCACGCCGGGAGCCGGCCUGGAUCUGCGCUUUAGGAAGCCACUGUGGGCGACCCUGUCUUGUCACCAGAAACAGAUUAUUAGCGGAGGAAAAACCAAUUUCGCUCUCAAGGAUAAGCAACAAAAUGCUGAAGUGGGGAAAAGCCUACACAAAUGGAAACACACUGAACAAAAUCAAGCAGCGACCAGUUCCACAUGGUGAUACCAAAAUGCACUCCCACACUCUGGCUUGGCGGAAGAUAACCAGCCAGCUCUAAACAGUUUCAAACUCUCCCAAGGACUGCAGCAGCACUGGACACCCAGGAGAGUCUGAGAACAGUAUUGGAUUUCUUGCUAGGGUUACAAGUUUCACGAUCUUUGCAUGCAAAACUUGCCACUCGGAGAUCAGUGAACUAUUUUUAUUUGGUUUACUUACUGGCUUUCUGGAUGACUAGGUAGAGAUUUAACUAAAGAACCCUUCUGCUAUGGUCUGUGAUGAUGAAUUUUCCCGUAGUGCCAUUUCUAUAACGGAAUAGGCAAACUGGUCAUUUAGAAUGUGAUAUUCCUAAAUCACAUUCAUUUCAGUCUCAUCAGAGACUUUUAAUAAAUAAAAAUAAAGCACCAGGUGACCAGAGGUAGUUUUUGACCUCAGCUUGGGCCUCAGCAAAGAUUUUUUUUUUUUCCUACUACAUUAAACCAUCAGAGUUUAAGACACUUUUCUUUGAGCAUCAGAAAUACUCUCUUUGCUGAUAGCUGAAUUUAGAGAGUUGAACUAUCUGGAAGGACCCUGCAGAAGGAAGGUGAUUUAUUUUCAACCUUCUGAUUUACCAGCGACUUAAAUCAACCAAUGAGUUCUUUCUUUGACUGAAAAAAAAAAAAAGAAUCAAGACUUGUGAUGUUUCUAUUUUGUUUAGUUUGGUGUGUGCUUACUCAUUGUCCCAUUCUUUUGAUAACCUAUAUUUGUCUGCCACAAGUUAAACAGAAAUAAAUGAAAUAAGAAACACACCAAAAUCCUGCUCGUAUGCCCUGUAUAGACAGUGUGUUCCAAACCUAAGCAGGUGUCUACAACAGGGCAGGCUGCUGAGUGACUCUGCAGAGAAUGGAUGACAUCUGUUAAAUGUCAAAGACCAUCACGUUGUACUUCAAGCUGUACUUUUCUUGGAACAUGGAAGCCAUCUGUCUGGAGCUCCCACAUCCAUCUCAGAAUCUUUCCAGAUCUUAAGAGUUCCCCAUUACAGGGGAGGAGCUGAACCUCCUGACACCAUUUACUCCCUUCCUGCCUCCUUCAAAACAUCAUCCCCUUUUUCUCCCUAAUCCCUAAAUGUUUCUGUACCCAGGGGCUCUACCCCAAUAAACACAUCAAGACUC